GGCCAUCCUGACACAUGCUUGAGCUUUUCCUUCCUAUUUUGUAGUUAACGAAUAUAAGAUCCAUGGAUCAUUUCUGCCUCCUAGAAACAUCUUCGUUUCGCUCUGCUGGAGUUUGAAGGCACAGCCACGCGCAGAAGCGAGCUCGCAGAACAGCUAUGAAUCCCGCUCCAUUCCAAUCCGCGGCACGGCCACCGUGGUUUCCGAUGUUACCGCCUAACCCGCCCAUGUCGUUUGCCUUUUGGAAGACUAAAAAUGUGAAGGAUCGGCUUAGAGAGGUACAAGAUGCUCUUGAUCUUGCACAAGCAAUGGAGAAAGAGCUAGAGAUGCUGGUAAUGAUCAAAGAUGGUAAAGGGUGUUUGGAAGAUGAGGGUUCUGGGUCCAAUGGCAUUUCGGUUCAUGGGUUCAAAAAAUUUUUGGAAGAUAAGGGGGUUAGUAUGGAAUCCCAAGAGUCGCGUACGGUGGAAGCGGCAAAUAUAUUGAUGGCAAAAUUAAGAGCUCAGCUUGAACCAUUUAGGGUGAUCACGGAUGAAAGAAGUCCAUGGGAGGAAAAGUCUGCCGCAGUUAGAUUGGCUGAUAAAAUACGGAAGCAUAAACAAAAUAAACUUCGGAGGAAAAGAAAGAGGAAGCGCAUUGCAGAAAUGUGUGCAAAGGAGUGUGAACGAUUUGAACAAGCUGAUCAAGAAGCUGAUGAAUGGAGGGCUAGGGAGAUUGCUAAUGAUAUUGCAAAGCGCAAGGUAGAGAAGAUGAAAGAAGUUGCAAAACUUAAAUCAAAAGAGGAGAGAAAGAGACUAGAAUUGGAGCUUGAGCAGGUAUUAAUCGUGGAGAAAUUGCAAGAGUUGCGUUCCAUCAGGAUCCAAAAAUUGAAGAAACAAGGUCAUUUUCUUCCCGAGGAGGAUGACAAGUUUCUUGAGAGAGUUCAGGCUGCAGUUGAAGAAGAGGAGCGCCAGGCAAUUGCUGCAGCAGACACAGAUGCUACUAGGGAUGCCAUUGCAACUGCUGAGGAAUCUAGGAAACCCCUCCAAAGUCAUGGGCCUGACUCAAAAGUUCUAAGCAGCGAAAAAGGCAGUGAUAAGGAAAGUAUAGACCAAAUAAUUGAAACGGAAAAUAAUGAAAGGCCCACUACAGUCACUGCCAGUGAAGGUGGAAAACAAGGAUCAGAGCGACAAGGAUUUAGUGGAGCUUAUGAAUCCGUGGCAAAUCUACCGUUAGAGUUCUAUCAUUAUUAUCAUGGCAGCAAUACUGAUAUGGGCACGCUUAUUGAGGUGAGAAGAACGUGGGAUGCAUAUAUAAGACCAGGAGGAAGCUGCAUACCAUGGCAUUGGGUUCAACCAUCUCCUCCAGCAGAUGAGAUAUGGGCAUCCUACCUGGUGAGGACCUAAAUGAUGCCUCCACUGCAGAGUGUGGCUGUUUUUGCCAAAAACAUGGUGUGUCAAAUAUCAAUAUGCAUAAAGCAGGUAGAUUAGGAGUUUGAAAUCAACUACAAGCAAGCAUAGCUGGAACGGACCAAGUCUGAAGUUAUCAAUCGAAACAAGAAACAAGAUAACUGUUGCCACUUUUGACAUCAACCUUUCGUUCAAAGUUGCAGCCCACUCCUAAACUUUGGCUGUCAAAUGCCAUUACUACUGUAAAAAAAAAAAAUCUUCUCUUGUAAAGUUUUGACUGGUUUAAAGCUUAUCUUGAUGUAUCUCAGAUCUCAUGUAACAUAUGUCCAUUUUACCCAAAUAAAUAAACAGGAUAUGGCAAGCAUUUCAUUUUGUUGA